AUGUUAGUGUUGGCAGUGGGUUUGCCUGUGGGUCUCCUGUUCAUAGUGCUGAUGGCUCUAAUGGCUUAUUAUCUGUGGAGGAGGAAGAGGCAGCAGCGAUACGAGGAGCUGGUGUCCAUGUCUCCCCAAGUCCCAGCAUGCACCGCUCCAGUGAUCUUGGUUUCUCAAGGCUCCUGGUCCAGGCCGGAUGAGAUCCCUUUCACUCUGCCGCCCCGCUUCACACCACGAAACCACAGCAGUCUGAAGAAUGAGGCGGGGAGAGUGGAGGAGGAGGAGGAGGAGGAGGAGGAGGAGGAGGGGAUGAAGGUGGCAGGCCAGAGAGACAUACUGGCCCAUCGUGGAUCACUCUCAGUAAGGAGCUGGUACCCAGUUGGGACAGUGCUGGCUGGUCUGUACUGUGUUCCCACUCUGAAUGAGGUGGUGGCCCCCCCUCCUGGCCUGGCCACACGCCUCUGCUUUGCUGUAGAGUAUCGCCACAGCAGCGAGCAGCUCAUGGUCUCACUGCUCCGCCUUGGCAAUCUCCCGCCCCAUUUCCAUGGUAACGUCACGCUGGUGGAACUGCGGCUCCUCCCUGACGACCGUCGACCUCACCAGGCCAAGGCCAGGGGCACGGGACCCGACCCGGAGUUCAAUGACUGUUUCGUUUUCCAGGUGUCAGGGGUGUGUGUGUCUCGGAGCACCCUGAGUGUGUGUGUGAUGAGUGUGGAGCAAGCAGGUAAGCGCCAUGCAGUGGGAAGGGUGCUGUUUCCCCUGGAGGGUGAACUGGGUCAGGCUGGCAGGGUGCUGUGGAGAGACCUGGAGGCAGAGGAGGACACACAGUGCUCAGAGCUGGGUGAUGUCCUGGUGUCUCUCAGCUACACUCCGUCUCUGCAGCACCUCACUGUGGUGCCGCUGAGGGCACGAGGCCUGCAGCUGCUCACAGACGCAGGUGUGUGUGUCCAGGUGAGCCUGCACAUACACACUAAGGUGGUGAAGACCAAGUGCAGCUCUGUGGUAAAAGGUGAGGUCGACCCUCACUUCAACCACAAGAUGACCUUUAAACUGCGACAGCAGCAGCUGGAUGAGGCCUGUCUGAGGCUGGAGCUGCAGCAGCCGAAUGCCAUCCCUUCAGAGGCUCCGGCCUUGCUGGGAGUGCUGGUGUUGGGUCCCUUUAUGUACGCCAGGGGCCCUCAGCUGCAGCACUGGAUGGACAUGGUCAACACACCGCAGGAAGUGGUCAAACAGUGGCACGGCCUGGGCAGAGGCACUUAG